GUACUAUAAAUAGGAUAUGCUUGUGCUAAUUAUGAAGCUGUUCAUACAUGUACAAUAAAGUAUAUUCUUAUUUUUAGCUUUAAUUGUGGACAGGUUUAUUUCUUCCAUCAUGGGAAUGGAAUUGUUAUCAGUCUCAUAUGCAUUUUUGAGACACCAAAAGAAGAAAAAGUUUUUUUGAGACACCGCUACAUUUAAAUAUUUACCAUCCACCCAUUCAUCCCCUUUUUUUCCUAACUCUUAUUCACUUUCACCAUUGCAUCACUGGGCCACCAUGAAUUAACAAAGCAUUUCUGAGCAUUUCUGAACUGUAGAAACUAGUUAUUUCAGAUGUAACCCACAAAUACAAAAUAUGUCAGAGCAGGGGAUUGAACCCCUGAUCAUCUUGUCAUAAGGCAAAAGCAAGGAACACCGAUCACCAUCAACUGGGCACUUUACCAGGUUCAAACACUAACAUUCUUGUUGUGUCUUCAAAUAAAAUAGAUUAAUCUCAGGGUCAAGAAAGGCUUUUCUCAUGGCUUAAUCUCAAGGAUGCUGAAAAACUGCAGAACGUAAGAGAGAAGUGAAUGUAGGCACAAAAGCUCUACCCUUGUUGGGAUCACUGUAAGUUAAUGCUAAAUUAGUUGAUUUUUUGUUUUGAUAGAAGUGUUGACAACUCAAAGCACAGGCAACUCAGGCAGUAGCUGGCAGCACAAGGUGUCUGACUAAAGCAGUGGUCUAUGAGAAUGAAGUGUGAAGAUGAUGCAGGUUGAUUCUCUCCAGUGCCUGGAAACUGCCCUGACGCAGACUUACUUUUUAGGCAUAUGCAGGAUAGGAUAGAAGCCUUUGAUGAAUCCCAAUGCAGAAACAUCAAAGGAUGGAAAAGGAUGCACUUAUGGAGAACAACCUGCCGCAGAAUAUGACUGUUUUAAGGUGUGAGAACUAUGAAAGUUAUCUGAACUACAUUCAAAGUGCCAACAUCAUGGCUCAAAUGUGUGCCAGUUACUCAGAGAGCAAACUGGAGCUGGGUACUUUUCAGCAAAAACAAAAGUGAUUCCAAAAAAAGAAAAUUGUAAAAGAAAGUCUGUGGUUCCAUUGUGUGACCUGACAUGGAUGAUGAUGAUAACCAAGAUGAACCAAUCCGUCACAGCAAAGGAAAAAGAACUGCACAGUGGCUCAUCUCAGACUCAGAAGAGGAUGUUGAAGAAGAGUCUGAGGAAGGAGAUUCUGCUGAUGACAGUCACCUAGAUGGAGAGGAGCAGGAGGAUGACGGAGAAGAAGGGGAUGAAAAAGAAGACGAUGAUGAGGACGAUGAAGAGGAUGGAGACACUGAGGUAGAGGUUGGUGCUGUGGGAGGGACCUCUGCUGGCCCCGGAGGGAUGAGCUCUGAUGAGGACUCCGAAAAUUGUCCCAUCUGCCUCAAUUCAUUCAGCAGCCAACCUGUCGCAACACCAGAGAGUUGCCAGCACUACUUUUGUCUUGACUGCAUCCUUCAAUGGGCAAAGAAUGCCAACUCGUGUCCUGUAGAUCGAAUUGCCUUCGAUAGCAUCUACCUGAGAAAAUGUUAUGGAGGCAAAACAUUGAAAAUGAUCACAGUACAAAAGCCUGCAAAGGAAGGCCAAGAAGACACCGUGGAUCUGGACUUGGAGCAGACCAACUGCGAGGUGUGUGGGGGCAGUGACCGCGAGGACCGUCUGCUGCUCUGCGAUGGCUGUGAUGCUGGGUAUCACAUGGAAUGUCUUACUCCGCCACUUGACUCUGUUCCAGUAGAGGAAUGGUUCUGCCCUGAAUGUGAAGCUAACAAUCUCCAUACAAGGAAUUCUGCUGAAGUUAGUGAGGCAGAAAGCCUGCCCUCUACUGCCAGAGCCAGUGUACGCCGCCGACCCCAGCCCCAUGCCACAGGUCCUACCAGAGCUAUUGCCCGAACUCAACAGAGUGAGAGAGUCCGAGCCAGUGUAAACAGACAUCGCAUCUCCCAGGCACGCUCAUCGCAGUUGGCCCCCACGUAUUUGAUCCAAUCCACGUGGCUGGAUGAGACCAUUAAUGCUGUGGUGGCUGGGCUCAACACGGCCGUGUACGUACGGGACCUGACACCUCGUGGCGGGACAAGACGUGUCCGAAAGCGCAGAAAGGUGACACACAAAAAAACUAACGCUAAAACUGGUAAAUCUGGUGUGAGGAAGAGGAGGAAGAGAAAAGUGAGGAAGACUAAAUCCAGAAAAAAGAUGAAGGUGGCAAAAAAAGCAGCUGGUCCUCGCAGCCGUAUCGCUAGUAAUCUUGGUAUUGUGAAGGACAAGAAGAGUUCUUCACUUCCUACUGUCUACCGACCGUCGGAGCAUACUCUGAGCAGUAUGCGUGUAGAUAUAGGAGCAGCUUCUCUCUCCAUCUAUGGAGAUCCAUUUGACCUGGAUCCAUUUGUGGAACGUGAGGAAGAAGAACAACAGGACCACGCCACAUCACUGUUGGAGGCCAAGAGACGAGGCAUCUCUCGCUCCGCUCUUCGCUCUCACCAGCCUGUAGCGCGGCCUGUUACUGCUAGCAUCUCCAGGAGGGGGAUGGAUGUCCCCCGGUCAGUUGGGGUGGUCGAGGCCGCUCCAGUACCGGACCUUCUGGGUAGUAUCCUCUCAGGGCAGAGCAUGCUGUUGAUGGACAGUUCUCAUGUUGUCAUUAACCGGGAUGGUUCUCUUAAAACUGCAAAGCCAAUUCCUUCAAAUCCAGGGGGCAGCAUAAGUGGACCUUCUGGAGACUUUGGCAUCCAGUUAAACCCACAGAUGUCACCAAUCACUGGAGACGGAGACCUUCCAGGAUCUUCUCAUAACUCCAUUAACAGACCUUCAAGUUCCACUCAUGUACCUUCACUGACUUCCUCCACAGCAUCUAAUGUUCACUCUCCUCCGUUUGCUGAUUUUCCACCCGGUGGUCACUCAAGUCUGCAGCCACAAUGCCCCAACAGACUCACCCCAUCUAAUGGUGUUCAUGGGGGCAGUCUAGUCAGAGCCACAAGAGAAACUCCAUCCUCUUCCAUCAACACCACCCUUGCCACCAACUCAAAAAGCAGGAAACCGUCUGCAACACAGAUCCAACCAACAAAAGCAUCAGUGAAGCCUACAUGGGUGGACGUAUCAGUGUUACCUAGGAUACCAAAACUAAAAAGGGAAACCAGUGUUGGCACUGGUCAAGAUGGCAGAAACAAACACUGUAGCAGAAACAAUUCUACCUGUACCAGUACUAGCCAUGGCCAGCCUGUUAUGGGCAUCAACAGCCUUGCUGGAGAUAAUAGCAGACAGCAAGGUAUAGACCAGCAGAAGGGCAAGUUUGAUGGUCAAGCUGCAAGACAUAGACCUGGGGAAGCCAGCUCUUCACCAGCCUUUUCUUACUCUUUUUCUUCUUCCUCCUCCUCUACUGGUUCAAACACUGGUCAACCUCGGUAUUCGUCGCUUUCCUCCUCUACUUCUUCCGUGAGCUUUCGCAUCAACUCCAGUGGGAACUCCUGGCAUUCAAGACAGGUAAAUACUGCGUCAUCGCCUGCUAGAGAAGACGAUGUGGAAAAACACUGGAAAAAGAAGGAGGAUGAGGCAAAGAAAAGGCAGCUGCACAGGGAUAAGCAAAUGCUCCUAGCGUCACGUGCACUUAUUAAUAAGGAACAAGACACUAGCAAUAUCUACGAUCCCUUUGAUCCCACUUUGUCUAACUCGAGUAACUCUGACAGUGAAACUGAAACCUCAACACAAGAUGAGUUUUCCCAGAGUGCCACACUUGGGAGAUGGGCUCCCAGCGUAGAAAAUAAGGAAGAUUUUGUUCCAAAGAAAGAAAACAUGGUUCAUGUUAAAAUAGAAGCGGUGGAGGUCGAGGUGUCGCAGGAACCAAUGAGCAGAGCUAGUGUUCUGGGAACUGUACCAUACGAGUCCACAGGCUCAGAGAGGCGAGUUAAGAUUGAGAAAGACACUGUUUUAGAAGGCAUUAAAGUUGAGAAACAAACCUUUAAUAACAGAGUAUUUAAAGAAGAGCCUGAUCUAGACAAAGCAGAAGAAGAUGGGUAUGUUGAAAGCAAUAACACACGUUUAAAAUCAGAGCCUUUUGAUCUGACACCAGCUGCUCGUCACAGUCAAGGUCCUUUAAAAACUGAAAAGACUCUACGGGAGGAGCGCACACAUGGCAGGUCUUCCUCCACCUGUAAGAAUGGAACUCCAGACACUGGCUGUUCUUCCACUACCAAUACACCAAGGGUGGAUUCCAAAGACUCUAAAUCCUUUUCCAAAUCUCCAAAAAGAGAUUUGGCCCAGAAGCAGAAAACCUCCAGAGCUACCAAGGAACAACUAUGCAGCUCUGAGAAUGAGCGAAGCAGAGUGGAAGAUGAUUACAAAUCUGAACAGGAAGAAAGGCGAAAAAAUAAAAAGGACAAAGAAAAGAGUUUGCGAAGAUCAAGAUCCAGAGAGAGGAGGAGGAGAGCACGUUCUUCUUCACAGAGCUCUGACUCCCAGAGCAGAAGUGGCAAAAAAAGGCAGAGAUCUCGUUCCUGGUCCAAGGACAAGAAGCAAUCCAGGUCCAUCUCCCGUUCCAGUAGUAGAGAGCGUUCAAUGAAGAAAAAGCACAGAGAAAAAAGCAAGGAGAGAACUGAUGAGAGAAGAAGUGAUCACAACAGAGGACGCAAAGACAGUAGACGCGGACGCUCUCGGUCGAAGUCAAGUUCCAGGUCAAGGUCUUCAUCAAGAUUAAAAAACACCAAACGUGAACGUUCCCCUUCAAAUUCUCGGUCCAGAUCGAGAUCUAGAUCAAGAUCCAGGGAAAGGAAGACGGAUCCCACGUGUGUCAAACAAAAGUCCUCUCUCUCUGGCAGAGACAAUGAAGAGUUUAAAUCAAGGGACAGAAAAAGGCACAAGUCUAGAUCCAGCUCAAGAGAGAGGAAAACAGAGGGCACAUCUUCACUCAAAAGUUUACAGAAGAAAUCCACUGAGUCCACUGUUUCAUCUGCUAAACCGGAACUACAGGAACAGGAGAGGAAAAAAGGAAAUGACGCUCUUAAAGGCUCCAACAAGGAGAAAAAGUACGAAGUGCCUGGAUCAUCUCGAAGUUUACAGGAAACUCCAGAAGUGCACUGUUCAUCCUCUGGAAAAACAACACAGCUUCAGAACAGUAAAAAAAACCAAGCUGGAACUAAAGUUUCUGUUGAAGACAAAAAGAGUAAAGUGGAGUCAUCCAAGAGUUCACAAAACUCCUCAGGGUCCUGUGUUGCGCGGGCUAAAGGGAAAACUGAGCUGAAAGACAUUAAAAAAGAGGACGGCAUGAAGCACGCUGUCACAGACAGAAAUGCGGAAAAAGGCAACAAACAUCGAUUCCAAUCACCUACCUCCUCCUGUACACUAAAAAAGGAGAGAACAAGCCUCAGUGCAGAUGUUGAACCCACAACAGAAAUGAAGCUCCUAAAAGAAAUAAAAAAAGAAGACACUUCUUUUGAUUGGUUUGUAGAUAUUCCUAUGAUUAAACCAAUUAAAAAAGAAGCCAUGGACUUUUGUUCUCUGCCAGAAACUGAACUGGAGGGAAUGAAGCAAGAACGUAUAAAGACAGAAACAUCUGAGAUCAUGGUGGAGGCUUGUGAAAUAACAAUCAAGUCAGAGCCCAGUUCACCCAAAUCAGGCCAUCAACCCUUGCAUACUGUAGUUACACCGGCUGUGAACUGUUGUCAGGACGCAGCCUCUCAGUCUCCCUCAGGAUCAACGGUCGCAGAAGAACAGUCAAGCUCUGCGUGGACAACUGUCCCUUUGAAGCAGGAGUUUCAGCAAGACUCUGACUCUGAUGAUGACUUUAAUGUUGGUGUGAUGCUGGACAACCUGGACUAUGUGAAGUCGGAGUUCACAGAGGCCAGCAGUGGAUGUGUCAAAAAGGAGAAAAAGGCAGAGAAGCAGAAUGUGGCCGGGGAGCAGAAUGUGGCUGGGGGGGAGCAGGUGCCGGCUCUAGCUGGAGCUAAAUCAAAGAAUCAGGUGAAGAGGGUAACCUGGAAUAUACAGGAGCCUGAGGCCUCUCAACCAGAGAAGCCUGCAAGCAAAGUGGCCAUGUAUAAGCUGAAGCGAAGGCAGGAAGGAGUUCGCAAACCUGGCUCCACGGUGCUGUCGUCCACUCAGGAGAUGGCUAAAAUAGUGAAAAAAAGAAAAGAUGGAAUCAAACGUACCUCCUCUAGAUCCGUCAGCCUCCAUCCACAGGGUUCAACAGUCACUGGACAGGAGGAGGCAGGGGAGGUGGAUGUGAACGUGAAUGACAAGGCAAAUUAUUUGAAGAAGCUGCACAUGCAGGAGCGAGCUGUAGAAGAAGUGAAGCUUGCCAUCAAACCUUUCUACCAGAAGAGGGACAUCAACAAAGAAGAAUACAAAGAGAUUUUACGCAAAGCUGUUCAAAAGGUAUGUCACAGCAAGAGCGGUGAGAUUAACCCAUUAAAGGUGGGUAAUUUAGUCAAAGCAUAUGUGGACAAAUACAAACACGCUAGGAAACAUAGGAAAGGAGAGGACUCAGGGAACACAGCGGAAGUUCACACUGAGCCCAUGAAAGUCUCUGACAGCCCUCAAAACAAUUAGACACCAGGACUGCGGGCCACACUGGACACAUGCCAAGCAUGAGCAGGCUUUGCUUUUGGUAUUAACACAGAUGGUUUACUGUAUUUCAUAAAAACAAAAUGUGCCACACCAGAAAAUUUCAGUUUUAAGCUGUAGCUCACAAGACCAGUGAGAGACACCAGAAUAUUGGACCCAAAUCAGCUGCUGUUGUAUAAAAUGCUGUAAACCAGCGGUCCCGGCACUUUUUGGUUCCAAGGACUGGUCAGCUGGUACUGGCCAAUACAGCAGACAGGGGGUGUUUGUGGAGAUCAUUGAACGGUCAUUACAGGAUGUUAAGGAUAGCAUUUUCAAAAUAAAACAUCUUUUAGACUUUAUUUUGUUAGUAUCACAGCCAGACUUUAGAUUAAAGUAAAUGGAAAAUACCGCAUUCUGGAAGUAAAUUAAUAUUUUUUUUCUCUGAGGCCUGGUACAAUUAACCUAUGGACCUUAGGUCCCUGCUCUUAAUCACAUUUUCCCCAAAACCUCUAAUAAUUAUAUCAGAUGAUGGAUAUACAAUACACAUAUUCAGUAUUUAUUAAACUGGAAUAUUUGCCCUUACUUUAAAAACCUACAUUUUGCAACAUGAAGACAAGAGUGACUCCUGUGACAAUGUUUCAUUCAAAAAUAAUAAUUAGAAUAUUUUUUUAAAUCAAAUACAUUUUUGAAGAUAAAAUAAAGCUCUUUUAUCAUAAAUCUUUUAAAAAGUACAAAGGUAAGUGUUUACACAUUACAAAAAUCUUUUACCAAUUGUUUCUGCAAGAUGUGCAGUAGAAGCCUGACUGUCCAAAUUAGACUUAUGGUGUUAUUUUGUAAAAACACAUCACAUAAUGUGUUUAAAACAAAAUAAUAUGCUUGCAUAACUGUCUUAUGGUUCCUGUCAUCAUCUACAAGUCAGCACUGAAGAUAACGGUGUUGAUAAAGAAACUGUAGAAUAAUAUGUCUCUCUGCCUGGCUGUGAAUUGUGCGCAGCUUUUGUGCCACACAUCAGCUGUUGCUGCAUCGUCCUUUACUGUUUUCAAUCCAAUUCAAAGCUCGACAUCCAGCAGCACAAAUGUCCAUGUUAAAACCAGUGUGGCCUCAGUCUGGCCUGGUGUCACUCCUGUCAAGAUGGGACAUUCUGACCUCUCUGUCCCUGAUGGAAUUUCUGGGGACAAAUUUUGGUCAUCACUAACAUCCUGUACUUGAAUUUCUCACUUCCAAGAACUGAGAUGAUGCCUCAAAGGGGCAAAUCCCCAAAGACCCAGCCGUGGAUUGUGAAACCAGGUUCUUAUCUACAGACGUAUCUGGAAGAUGCGCUGUGGAUUCUUUUUUUUUUCGGAGGUAAUGGUAGCAAAGUCCUUUUGUUUUAUUAGGUUUCGGUAGAGUAUGCAGUUUUUGCAUAAUUUAUUUAAAACCACUUAUGCAAAUUUUGUAGAAAAUGUAUCGGGAAUGGAAAAUAUCAAUUUUAGAUUUAAUUGUAAAUAAUAGUUUUGAUACAUUUUGAUUAUUUCAUCCACGUUGCCUGUUUAAAAUGACAGAUGUUUCUUGUUUAAAAUGUUUUUUUUGUUUUGUUUUGUAUUUAAAAGAAGCCUCCGUUAAGUUUCUUCCAUGUUUCAAUGAUUAUAUUAAAUAAGCUUGAUAUAGAUGGCACACAUACACACAGGAAGUCCGGGGCAAGUUGAAAAUAAUGGAGUUUUUCUUGAAAUCUGUUUUUGUUUUUUGAUACACUUGUUCUACUGAAAUCGACAUCUACGUCACACACUUUCCACCUCUGGCUUCAUUGUAGAAAAUGUAAAAAUGUUUUGUGCCAAAAAAAUAAAAAAA